AUGCCGGGCGUACCGUACCGUCUAGCUUUUCCCAUCAACCCCUCCCUCAACACGACGAACGCAAUUACGUUGCUCUGUGCAUUCUCCUCCCUCACCAACAGAGCAGAGAGACCACGCCGACUUGCGACGAGUUCUGACAUCGCUGACUCUGUGGAGCCAUCAAAGCCACCUCCCAGACUCACGUUUAGUCUUCGGAACCAUUGCCAACCCCCUCCCCGCCCUGGUCAUUGGCCAGACCUGCUCACGUCAAGCCUGCUCAGCCCCAACCUCGAAGAACAAGCAAGCAAUCAGCCAAACCUAAGGCUCACCAUCAUUGCCGCGGAUGGUUUAUACAAGCGCGAUGUGUUUCGAUUCCCCGACCCUUUCGCUGUUGCCACAAUCGGCGGCGAGCAGACGCACACCACCUCCGUUAUCCGGAAGACCCUGAACCCGUACUGGAAUGAAACAUUUGACUUGAGAGUCAAUGAGGACAGCAUCCUUGCCAUUCAGAUCUUUGAUCAGAAGAAAUUCAAGAAGAAGGACCAGGGUUUUCUGGGAGUAAUCAAUGUGCGCAUUGGCGAUGUCAUUGAUCUUCAAAUGGGCGACGAUGAAAUGCUCACUCGCGAUUUAAAGAAGUCGAAUGAUAAUCUAGUAGUACAUGGCAAGCUUAUCAUCAAUAUUUCGACCAAUCUCUCGGCACCCAAUCCAACUCAAAAUGGAGCACACAGGCCACAGCAGCCUUCUGCAAGCCUCACUGGGCUAGUUCCUCAGAUACAACCCUCUCCUUCCUCACAGGGCCAAGCACUCGUCGACGGACCAUCUGCGGCGUCCAUUGCAGCAAGUUCGACGCAAUCAUUCACGCCAACUCGAACUUCUUCCAAUGCACGACCGGUGAGCGGGCUGUCGGCUCCGGAUGGCCCUGCACAGCCGUCGCAAUCUAAUGGGCAAACGACACAAGGCUCAAGAACGAAUCUUAGCUCCUUUGAAGACAAUUUAGGUCGUCUUCCAGCAGGUUGGGAGCGGCGAGAGGAUAAUUUGGGAAGAACGUACUAUGUUGACCACAACACGAGAACGACGACUUGGACCCGACCCUCGGCAAAUUACAGCGAAAGUGCACAGCGCUCACAGCGUGAGGCUAAUAUGCAAAUGGAGCGUCGGGCCCAUCAAAGCAGAAUGCUGCCUGAAGAUCGCACGGGUGCCAGCUCGCCGAACUUGCAAGAAACUCAACAGUCGACCACUCCGCCUGCAGGUGGAAGUGGCGGCGCUACCAACGCGGCCAAUGCGGCGUCAAUGAUGGCCACUGGAGCUACAACAGCAGGAACUGGUGAGCUUCCAGCCGGUUGGGAGCAAAGAACGACUCCCGAAGGACGGCCGUAUUUUGUCGAUCACAACACACGCACCACCACCUGGGUUGACCCGCGUCGGCAACAGUAUAUUCGCAUGUAUGGACAAAAUGCGACUGGAGGCAACAGCACUUUCCAGCAGCAACCAGUCUCGCAGCUGGGACCUCUGCCCAGCGGGUGGGAAAUGAGAUUGACCAACACUGCUCGUGUGUACUUCGUAGAUCACAAUACGAAGACCACUACAUGGGACGACCCACGAUUGCCCUCGUCGCUCGACCAAGGCGUGCCGCAGUAUAAGCGUGACUUCCGUCGCAAGCUUAUCUACUUCCGCUCGCAGCCAGCCUUACGGAUUAUGUCUGGACAGUGCCAUAUCAAGGUCCGCCGUAGUAAUAUCUUUGAGGACUCGUAUGCCGAGAUUAUGCGGCAGAGUGCUUCUGAUCUGAAAAAGCGGCUUAUGAUCAAGUUUGAUGGUGAAGACGGUUUAGACUAUGGUGGACUUUCGCGCGAGUACUUCUUCCUUCUUUCUCACGAGAUGUUCAACCCCUUUUAUUGUCUCUUUGAAUAUUCAGCACACGAUAAUUACACCCUCCAAAUCAACCCUCACUCCGGCAUCAAUCCUGAGCAUUUGAACUAUUUCAAGUUCAUUGGUCGAGUGGUUGGGCUUGCCAUCUUCCACCGACGGUUCUUAGACUCGUUCUUCAUUGGCGCAUUUUACAAGAUGAUGUUGAGAAAGAAAGUUACGCUUCAAGACAUGGAGGGUGUUGACGAAGACUUCCACCGCAAUCUGUCAUGGACACUUGAAAAUGACAUUGAAGGCAUUGUUGAGCUCACGUUUUCUAUUGAUGACGAAAAGUUUGGCGAACGAGACACGAUUGAUUUAAUACCCGAUGGGAGAAAUAUUCCCGUCACUAAUGAGAACAAACAUAAAUAUGUCGAACUCGUCACGGAAUGGAAGAUUCAGAAACGUGUAGAGGAACAAUUCAACGCAUUUAUCUCAGGCUUCAACGAGCUCAUUCCCCAGGACCUCGUGAACGUGUUUGACGAGCGCGAGCUUGAAUUGCUGAUUGGUGGUAUCGCCGAUAUUGAUGUUGAUGAUUGGAAGAAACAUACGGAUUACCGUGGUUACCAAGAAUCAGACGAAGUCAUUCAGAAUUUCUGGAAGAUUAUUCGGAGCUGGGACGCAGAACAGAAAUCACGACUGCUUCAAUUUGCCACUGGCACAUCCCGUAUUCCGGUCAAUGGGUUCAAGGAUUUGCAAGGUUCUGAUGGACCUCGACGAUUUACGAUUGAGAAGUCCGGUGAUCCUGGAGCUCUUCCCAAGUCUCACACAUGCUUUAACCGUCUCGAUCUACCACCAUACAAGACAAACGAAGCCUUACAGCAAAAGUUGUCUAUUGCAGUCGAAGAAACACUAGGCUUUGGACAAGAGUAG